AUGCAGCUCACUCUUCUCGCAUCCCUCGCUGUCAUUUGCAGCUCUGCUUUCGCUGCCCCUGUUGACAGUCGCUCUCCUGAAUUGGUUGAUGUCUUGGCCUAUGUGGAGGAUGUCGCGAACUACGACACUGUGAACAUCCUCACCAAGCGUCAAUCCUUGGCUGAUGUGGCCGCCUACGUGGAGGAUGUUGCGAACUACGACACUGUGAACGUCCUCACCAAGCGUCAAUCCUUGGUUGAUGUGGCCGCCUACGUGGAGGAUGUUGCGAACUACGACACUGUGAACGUCCUCACCAAGCGUCAAUCCUUGGCUGAUGUGGCCGCCUAUGUGGAGGAUGUGGCGAACUACGCAACUGUGAAUGUCCUCACCAAGCGUCAAUCCUUGGCUGAUGUGGCCGCCUAUGUGGAGGAUGUCGCGAACUACGACACUGUGAACGUCCUCACCCGCCAGGCGUCCAUAGCCGACGUAUUUGCUGACGUCGAUUAUGUUUUGGACGACGCAACCGUGAACGUUCUCACCAAGCUUGUUGACGAUGUUCUCAACAAUGCUGUUGUCAACAUCCUCACCUAA